AUGUCUGAUGGCGCAACCAGUGAUCAGUCCGCAAUGGCGUCACUCAAUGCCGCCAAACAGCAGCUCAGAGCCGCAAUGAAGCACAAGCUCAAGGCCGUGUCCCACGAGUCAAUACUGUCACAGAGCGCAGCCGUUUUCACCACGCUCAGACAUUUCCAGCCUUACCUGGACGCAAAGCGGAUCAGCGUCUUUCUGUCCAUGCCAUCAGGCGAGAUACAAACAGACGCCAUCGUCAGGGAUGCGCUGGUGGCCGGCAAGGAGGUCUUCAUCCCCUACCUACACAAGAACCCGGCUUCGCCCGAUCCGCCAGCCCGUGUUAUGGACAUGGUCCGCCUGAGGGACCUCGCCGACUACGAAUCUCUGCAGCCGGAUAAGUGGGGCAUCCCGAGCAUCGAUCCGGCGACGGUGCAGGAGAGAGAGCGCGUACUCGGCGGUCCUGACGCGCAGCACUACGCAGGCAUCCUCCUGGACUUCAUCCUCAUGCCAGGCGUAGCCUUCAGCAUCAACCCUGGCGACGGCGCCGUUAUGCGGCUUGGACACGGCAAAGGAUUCUAUGACCACUUCCUCAGUCGGCACAGCGCAAAGGCGGCUUCCCUAGGGCAGCAAGAGUCCCCUGUAUUGCUUUAUGGCUUAGCCCUGUCUGAGCAGUUUCUACCUCCAUCCGAGGGGGCUGUACCUGUUGGUCCCCUAGAUCACCCUCUGAACGGCAUCAUUCUCGGGAAUGGCGAAAUCAAGGGCUCGCACUCCGCCAAAUGA